UCAAGUAUCCAAGAUCGGGAUGCCGGAAGAUGUUAUGAAUGCAGUGAGGAAACGGAAACACAUAUCUAAUGGAAGAAAUGGUCCAGGAACUGACAAAAUAGUAGAUCAAAAAAUCGAAGAAGGUGGACCGAGCGGUCAACAGGAGGUCAUGGACUUCUCGUCUAGUGCCUCAUCCUGGGAACCAAGCGAUGAAAUUUCAUCUGAAGACUCUGAGCCAGAAAACAAAAAGAACAAGACACUUAACGCGACGAAACAAUACAGCAAUAAAAGAGCAAACAAAAAAGGGCCAAUACCACUGCACAGACCUAAUGCAAUCAUACCAAAUGUUUUACAACCGCGGCAAACAAAUAUUGUAGACAAAAAGAAACAUUGUAGAUAUGUUGACUCCGCCAACAAAAGGGAAAUCGUUAAUAAAUCAUUACCAGAUUCAACAAGAAAAAACACACCACCUAAUGACUCAAUCAAAAAUGGCCACAAUAAUGUAAAGGACAUUUUAGAAAUAAAACACGGUUUCAGACAACUAUUUCAAAUGAUAAAAGAUCUUAAAAGUCAAGCUGGUUUUGUCACAAUGGAUAUUAAUGGUACGAAUAAGAACACAUCAGUGGUAAAUAACGAGACAAUGGAUAUAUCGGAUGGUGAAGAAAGUGACAGAAGUCAGAGUGCAGAAUCCAAUCGUUCUGAUGACAAUGUUCUUAUCAGCAAUAAGUACGCCAGAGCUGAUGUUCGGAACAAUACCACAGACAAUAUAACUGAGGAAGAAUGGAUGCCUAUAGGUAGUGGCAAAACUUUAAUACAUAAAGAUAAAUAUAAGAAAGUCAAUUGGAAGUCUUACACGAUAGCAACUCGAACUCUACUACUUGCGACGUUUCCGCGAAGGAUUCUAGCCACGCAUUCACUAACUGGAAAAAGAUCGCCCGCUUUCCAAAACAAACCGGCAAAAAUGUGCCUCGAUCCUAAAAUAGUAUCGGAUGUUAUUAUGGAAAUUACGUCCAGGUUUAGGGUCAAGGAAAACUUAGUAAGGAGUAUUAUAACGACAAAAUGCGCGGACGAAUGCAAGAUGUUUAAAUUGAGAAUGAAACAUAAACACAAACAAGUACAGAACCAAGAGAACACUCCGCCGAUACAAGAGACAGAGGCCAUAGAUUACUAGCGGGUUAUUACAUUUUCUUAGGUGAUAUCUGCUUAUUAGAUGAAAUGUUUAAAAUAUUACAUAAUUGUUAAAAAAAUCACAUUAAAAUGCAUCCUUCUACAGCGUAAAAAGAUACAUAUUUUGUCAACUAAUUACAUCUUACCGAUGUUUAUACAAAUUUAUA